AUGAGACUCCCCUACGUCUCCAAUCCACCACCAACAGCCACACCUCAGGAUGCUGCCAUCGUCGCCCGCAUCCAAUCUCGCCGCGCUCCCCGCCCCCUGCAGUCUCUCGACCUCGCCCUCCUCCACUCCCCUCCCGUCGCCGACGGCUGGAACUCCUUUCUCGGCGCCAUCCGCACACAGACGUCUCUCGCCGCCGACGUCCGCGAGAUCGCCAUCUGCCGCGUCGCCGUCUGCAACAAAGCCUGGUACGAGUGGGGCCACCACGCGCCGCUCGCCUCCGAGGCAGGCCUCAGCCCGGCAGGGCUCGAGGUGAUCAAGAGGGAGGUGCUCGAAGGCUUGGACAGGCCCGAUGAGCUGGACGACAGGCAGUGGGCGGUCCUGUUGUACGCGGAUGAGAUGACGCGGAGUGUGCAGGUCAAGGAUCAGACGUUUGAGCUGCUUCACAAGCUCUUUAGCAAUCAAGAAGUCGUCGAGAUUACGGCAACCGUUGCCGCCUACAACUGUGUCAGUCGCUUCUUGGUGGCCUUGAACGUUGGAGAGAGAAACGGGUCUGGCCCAGACCAAGCGCCUGCCCAAUAA